UAAGGGAAAAACCAAAAAAAAAAAAAACGAACCCAGAAACCUUGUUUCGUUCUACCGUAAAACCGUAAAACCACGAGGACAUUUCAAGUAUAUCUCAUCCCGGAGGAGUAGUGGAGCAGCAACAAGAAAAAAAAAUCAACUAUAAACAAGAGUAAAUGUGAAAAUAGUACCCCCCGUAAAAGUACUCCAGCUAGCUGCAGUAGUGGGUUGAAAUUCUGAGUGAAGAGUUCUUUGCCAUCUCUCGAUUUGUGAAAAAAAAAAAUGAAAAUACUAGAAAUGUUUCCCGAGGUAGAAUGAAACCAAGUGCAACCGGUUUGCAGGAUUGUAGUGGUCUCUCCCCCGAAAGCGGUAUCACAACUUAAACUUCCAGAGCAAAUACGCUACCGAAUCGUUGGAGUGAGGGAGCAUCAAAGCUUUCAAAACGGUGAAGGUGAGGUGAGAAGACGGAAGAUCUCAAAUUUGUAAACCACCACCGGCGGAGUGUUUGGGAAGGAAGCGCGGAAAAGAGUGUUUCAACAUUGGCUUUUGGUUUCGCAGUGCAGUCGUUGAAAAUGUCUUCGAGUGGCUGAGCGAAUUGCUUUUUGAUGCUAUAAAAGCCCUGCUACAAACAACAUCAGUGUAAUACAAUUUUCCUGUUUUUUGCGUGAAAAUUAUUCCUACUUGACGAGUCUGGAAACGACCAAAGAAAACGGCAAGCAAAAACUGCUGCCGUUGGGUGUGAGUGAGUUAUAGUAUAGUGAGUGAGGUCAUCUCUCGACAAGUGCUGGAAAGUGUUAUUACAAUCGCGAAAUUAUUCACCGAAAAUCUGUUCUGAGAUUCGUUAGGGUAGCUUGGAGUAGGUUUUGGUAUGGAAAUAUCAUAAGCAGAGGAAGAAAAUUUGUAGAAAAAAUAACAAUGAGCUGAAAAGCUUUUCCUCGAAAAAGGAAGGUCUUUGUGGUGUUCGAUUGAUAACAGCUUCCGGGGCUGAAAUAGAAAUGAUGUCCAUUGAUUGACGGCUGAGUCAAUGUGAGUGGGUUGGUGGAAGCAAAAAGUGUAUCCUGGGGAUCGGGUUGGCCAGAAAUGCCCAUAGCGCUACUUGAAUGUGGCUCAAUGAUCUGUGCUGUGGAGGAUUCUGCGGAGUGGGAGAAGUGCUGAAGAAGAAUCCGUACUACGACGAGCAAGGGGGAGUCCACGAGGACCAGGAAAGGUUGAGCAAAGGUGCCGGCCACGAGCUGGACCACUCGACGGGCCCAAAAGUCACCACGAAACCCUCCUCCUCUUCCUCCUGCCACCGAGUGAUUCCCUCUGCGGCAAAAGUGUCGAGCCAGAUUUCCCAUGUCGGGAUGGGUUGCACUCCGAGUAUCCUGUCCAACAAUAACAGCAACAGCCAGCAGCGUCGCAAGGAUAGUGUUUACGAGGUAGAUCAACCAGCAUCAGCUGCCACUUCCGGUUCCGCUUCGGCCGUCAUGAGUUGUGGAGGGGAUGGGAGAAAGGGGGAUGUUUCGGGUGGGAGAACCCUUCUGGGUGGGGGUGGUCACGAAAACGGCUCCAAAGGCCAGUUGCUGGCGAAUAAUGUGAUGCUGAAUGCCGGUGGACAGCGAAUUGGCGGAAGUAGUCCCGGAAGUGUUGGCAAAGGAAUUGGUGGCUCCGUUGGGACCGGACUGGCAGGAGAAAAGGAUGUACUCAAAAAGGAUUCAAUUGUGUCAAUUUCCGGAACGGGCCAUGUGGUCGUGUCCAAUAUCCCUCGGAGGCAAACCAUUGGAAGUCCUCCUCGAGGAAUAUCCAUGACUUGCGCCGGUGGAGGACAACCGGUCUAA